CCAGGGCUGGUGGUGGGUGUAUGGAUAGCGGCUGGGAUCGCCACUGCCAUUGUCGUUCUGCGCUUCGUUGCGAAAAUCCGGAUUCAUCAUUUGCAUGCCGACGAUGUGGUUAUGCUUUUGGCGCUAGUCUUAGCUAUUAUCGCAACGGCAUUGCUAACGGUAGCUAUACACUACGGCUUUGGUAAAUCGUCGGCGAAUCUCAGUUUGGCCGAUCAAAUUCAGGCAAUGAAAUUUGCAACAAUUUUGCAGACCUUCAUGAUCAUUGCGACCGGAUUGGGACGAUGUGCGUUCAUUCUCUAUCUUCUGGGAAUAGUAGGUACUGAGCGACUGCACCAUAUCAUUCUCUGGCUCUUUAUUGCAUUACAGAUCAUUAUCAAUGGUGUCUCUGUGAUUAUAGCCUACACACAAUGCUCAGAUGUAAGAGGUAUCUGGAAUCCGGAGUUUUCGGCAGGUUGUUCGUUUGGAAACUUGCAGGGAGUUUAUGGUAUAGUUCAGACUUCUUUCAACUCAUUUACCGAUCUAUAUCUAGCUGUCUUCCCUAUCUUCAAAUUCUGGAGCCUUAAAUUGCGUCUACACGUGAAGAUAUGUUUGAUUUUUCUCCUAAGUCUUGGCCUUUUAGCAAUGCUCGCCUCGAUUGGAAGAACAGUCGAACUCAGCAAGUUGACAAACUUUACCGAUAGAACACGCCAAUUUAUUCCACUCGCCCGCUGGACUAUCGCCGAGUGCUAUCUCAUCAUUGUCACCGCAUCGCUGCCCUCUAUUCGGUCUCUUUUGAUUUUCUGGUUCCACAAAAUAUCCCGUGGCAGCUGA